GGACAGGGCCGGUGUCUGGGCUGGGGCGCGCAGCUGGAAAUAGGGCGGGCUGAGCGCGCAGAGCUGGGGAGCAGCUGCCUGGGGGCGCCUGCUGCCUUCCAUAAAGUGAAUGGCCACAGUGAAUGGGAGUCAGUCGACAGGAAUCCGCCUCCUCCUCGCCUCUCUCCAUGAGUCACACGCUAACAGAGCGCAGAGUGCCCAACAGCAAGCCAGGGGGACUUACCGUCUGACAGGCGCGGAGGAGCCCGGGCGCUGGGGCUGGGGCAAACUUCCCUCCUUUGCCCAGGAUUAAGGCCACCCGGCAGCACCAGCAUCUGGAACCGCUAUCUCUCCUCCUCCUCCUCCACCACCACCGACUCCUGCCAGAUGGAUUUCAACCUGCUGACGGACUCAGAAGCUCGCAGCCCUGCUCUGUCCCUCUCAGAUUCUGGGACCCCUCAACACGAACACAGCUGCAAGGGGCAGGACCAUAGUGACACAGAGAAGUCCCAGCAGAACCAGACCGAUGACUCCAACCCCGAGGACGGCUCCCUGAAGAAGAAGCAGCGGAGGCAGCGGACUCACUUUACCAGCCAGCAGCUCCAGGAAUUGGAAGCCACCUUCCAGAGGAACCGCUACCCAGACAUGAGCACCAGGGAGGAGAUAGCAGUCUGGACCAACCUGACCGAGGCACGAGUCCGGGUCUGGUUUAAGAACCGCAGAGCCAAGUGGAGGAAACGAGAAAGGAACCAGCAGGCAGAGCUUUGUAAGAACAGUUUUGGAGCUCAGUUCAAUGGACUGAUGCAGCCUUAUGAUGACAUGUAUUCCGGCUAUUCGUAUAACAACUGGGCUACCAAAGGGCUUGCUACCAGCCCCCUGUCAGCUAAGAGCUUCCCCUUCUUCAACUCCAUGAAUGUCAGCCCCCUCUCCUCCCAGCCCAUGUUCUCCCCUCCCAGUUCCAUUGCUUCCAUGACCAUGCCUUCCUCCAUGGUCUCCUCAGCAGUGACUGGCGUGCCAGGCUCCAGCCUCAACAACCUGGGAAACAUCAACAACCUCAACAGCCCAAGCCUCAACUCUGCCGUUUCAUCCAGUGCCUGCCCUUAUGCCUCCACCGCCAGCCCCUAUAUGUACAGGGACACGUGCAACUCUAGCCUGGCCAGCUUGAGGCUGAAGGCCAAGCAGCACGCCAACUUCACCUACCCGGCGGUUCAGACGGCAGCUUCCAACCUGAGCCCCUGCCAAUAUGCUGUGGACAGGCCCGUAUGAAGGGCCACCUGCCACCAACCAGGGACUCGACCUUAGCCUGAUGAAAGGAGACCUUUAGCCCUACAACAGCGUACACCCUGCAGGAGAGAGAGAGACAGAUGGACCUCUGUGAAGACUUGUCUAACUAUCGUAUGGUGAAUUUUGACUGUCUAUUUUUUUUUUUUUUGGUAAAGCAACAGAAACUGCUCAUUGGAAGACCCACUGGGAAACAGGAACCUGUGACAUUCAGUUUGACUGGCUCCUGGGCAGCAGAACUGAGCAUAUAUCAAUCUGCUCCUUCCUCCCUCCCCUCGGUGUGAUAGCUGUCCUUGCCCCUCCCUGGCACAAAAAUCCUGUUUAAAGCAUAGGCAGUGAGAUGGCACAGCUGUAGGAAGUAGCCAGGGACCCAGGCAAAGUGGUGCAGCUACUCAAUGCUUGGCUGAGAACACACAUACACCCACAGGUGUGAGCGGUCAGAUUUCAUUUCGAGGCACCUCACCCAUUUAUUUAUCAUAUGGCCAGUCUCACCAGCCACCAGUCAGGAAAGUACUGUCUCAGCCGGCAAUACAUUUGUAUACUGCAGAUAUAUGCAUGGCCAGGUAAUUGAACCCCUUAGGGAUCGGGAGUUGUAGGGAUGUAGGAUGUGUGUGUGUGUUAUAUAACACACACAUAUAUAUACACACACAAAUAAAUAUAUAUAUAACAUACCUUUUUGUUUUGUACGUGGGAUAAUCCGUGAAGUAGACCUUACAGAUGAAAAGCCAAGCAUGUCCACCAUGGUGGAGCAUUCAGCCUGUCCGCUUUCCUGCUUAAGGAGUCAUUUCCACUUGGGUAGGAAUUCCUUUGCCAAUGUACAUCCAAAGAAUCCCUUGUUUUUCCCUUUUGCAACAAAUCGCCCUCUUUUUGUGCACCCACCUUUCCAACCCCGAAUUCCAUUUUCAACAAUAAAAUGAAAGUUGGAGCAGUCCCGUUA